AUGUCGCCAGGCAUUUUUGUGGACUCUGCAGUCUGCACUCGCACGGAAGAUGAGGUGGUCGAAAGCUUCACCGAGGAGCAAACCCGACUUUGCGGUGAGAUGAAACGGAUCUUCACAGAUGCCGAUAUGGACGGGAACGGGUUCAUUACGUUUGAAGAGUUUUGUAUUCAGCUGGAGAAUCCCUGGGUCCAAGCCUUCCUCUCCGGCUUGGAUAUCGACAUCACGGACGCACGGAUUGUCUUCACCUUGCUUGAUGUGGAUGGCAGCGGUGGUCUUACAGUGGAGGAAUUUGUCGAUGGUGCUUUGAAAUUGAAGGGCCCAGCCAAGGGCAUUGACAUGCUUCCUGGGAGUGUUUUGAGAGAUCUUUAG